AUGACUGAUCUAACCUACACUAUACAACCAUUGGAAGACUUCCCUAGGUCUUGCAAAAAAUGCUGUACUCCUAUUCAAGAAGGACAUGCAUAUGAGCUUGGUGAUGACAGAUGGCAUAUUCAUUGUUUUAAAUGCUCUAAAUGUGAUUCGUCAUUAGGCUGCAAUUCGAACUUUUUGGUAUUGGGUAAUGGGAAUUUGAUUUGUUCCAACUGUUCGUACAAUUGUAAACAAUGCAAUAAAAAGAUUGAUGACUUAGCAAUCUUGACUGGGGAUCAGGCUUACUGCUCUAAUUGCUUCAAAUGUCGAUCGUGUAAGACAAAGAUCGAAGAUUUAAGGUACGCGAGAACAUCGAAAGGGUUAUUUUGUAUGAGCUGUCAUGAGAAACUCAUAGCAAAGAAGAAAAAGUAUGACGCCAAAAAGAGAAGACAAGCGCAACUUAAAGAUCAAGGUAGAGGAAGAGACUUAGAACCCCUGAAGUCGCCCAAAGGAUUUCCGAAUUUGCAUGGCGAUCUAACGAGGUCGAAUUCAAGCGUUUAUACUAUGAGUUCGAAGAACAAGGGUUUGCCUUCGGCUCCACUGGAAACCUCAAAUGCUUCAUUGUCUACUCAGGUAGAUCUGACGCCUCCGAAUGCGCCUGUGGAAACAUAUUCGAGAGACUCGUUUCAAUCAGCUAAGACAGAACAGUCGUUGGCCUCUUUAGGGACGUCGCAACUUUCAAAUACGUCAAAUGAAACAACGGCUGUGAAAACGAAACCUGUAGGUGACUUGACGAUUGAAGAAAUAAAUGAUAGUGACGAUGAGUUAAAUUUAAAGAGACAACGGAAAAUAUUGGAAACGGUGACUAACCCCACGAAGCAGGUACGAACACCUCCUUUAUCAACAGAACGCGUCUCCAAUAAUGAAAGUGAUCGUAUUCGUGAACGUAUUGCAGAUCAAGACAAUGGAAGUCUUUUUCUUGAUAUCAUAGACAUCCCCCCAUCUCCACCAAGAAAAGAUAAGUUGCAGUCUCCGGCAGACUUCGGCGAUAGUAAAGAUGAGGAAAUCAGCUAUACGGCAGACCGCUCGCCGGCUGAAAAAUUCAGAGGAAAGAAUCUUUUACUAUUAUCACCCAAUCAAUUUCACGAUAAUGGCUUUCAUCAUGCAUCGCACCGUAGAAAUGGUAGUGAUGCUCCAGGGACGUCAUCUUUGGCUGCCCCUGUUGAUGAUAGGAUAAGAUCCAACUGCUCCUCUCCGCUAGCUAGAGCCAAUCGCCAAGCAAGGGUUGUUGAGACUAAUGAUUUUAUGAUUGACAACCAAGAAAAUCUGGCUCCACCUCAAAUUACUCCUUCGUCAACUCCAAAAAGGAGCAUAAUAACUAAUGUCAUUUCAUCUCCGCCUCCCCGGGCCCCUUUGCCAUCAGUGCCGUCAGAACCAUCGACUCCAAAAAAGAUGUUUGAUUCCACACCGAAGUCAACGGACUCAAAAACGUUUAAAAAUGAUCAAGUCACACCUAGAGGAUUAGGUCUUGAGGGUGUGAACUAUGAUGAGAAGGAAAAUUAUGGAACAUCUGGCCAGCAUUUGUCUAGUCCAAGGAAUUUGAAAGCAUUCGGGAAUAAUACUCCUACAGUAACGAAUUUAGAAGAAAGCACGGAAGAGGCUCCGAUAAAAAGGAAGAAUACAUUGGGCAAAAAAAUUGGUAUAAAGCAUAAACGAUCCAUAUCGGGCGGCAAUGGUGGAAUAACAGGAAAGUUAGGGUUUUUCAAAUCUAAUUCAUCUAAAAAUGGUGAUAUGUCCAAUGUUAAAGGACACUCACGACACGUGUCUGAUAGCUCCGUUAGUGGAGGAUCAGCGUUUACAACACCGCCAUUACCAUUAACCACUCAACCUGCUCAUAGUGCUGUCUUCAAGGGAAGCUUUGCGUAUCGUGACCAUGUUAGAGCGAGCUCUGACACUCCCUUUUUGACUAGUCUAGAACAGCGUCAGGUAGCCUCUUCCGAAUUGGCUCUGGAUUCACAUGAUAGCCACAUGGGCAGGAUAGAGAUUUUAAAAAAUGAAAUUAGGAAUUUAGAGCUGGAAAAGCAAAAUCUCGGAAGUGAGCUAGAUCUGAUCCAUUUUCGAAUCACAGCUGAAUCUGAAACUCUCGAUUCUUUGCUAAAAAAGGUCGAAACACUCGAACUUAAGCAGAAGUCUUUGAUAGAAUCCAAUCACGUAUUAGUAGAACAGAACCAGCAAUUAGAGAAUGCUUUGAAGCAUCAUGUUUCAAGCAAUAUUUCCUAUGAUCAUUUGAAUGGUAGUGCAAACAGUCUAAGUAAUAACGAUACUGGCUCUGAGAGAACAACACCAGCAACCAAUUUAGCCCCCUUAUCAUCCUCCUUGUCCAAUAACAGGUCAAGUUCUUCAAGCUCACUUCCCCCUGUUUCCCACAAUAUUGACAACGUUAACGAUGAUGCAAAUGGAGAGACACAGAGGGCCACCAGGUUGAGAUUUUGGAGAAGACCUAAGCUCAGCUUCAAUUCACCAAGUAUAAACUCAAACACUUCACCUCAACUACAAUUUCCUCAGCAACAACAGCCAACAUACUCGAAUGGUACUAGUAGGUUAACUCAAACAUAUGGCCUGCGAGCUGCACAAGUCAGUCCUCAUAAACAGUCUAAUGGCAUACACCAAAAUGACAACUUGCAAGUAAUCGACAAGAAAGGAAUUGGCUCAUUUAUCACUAAAUCCAAAUCUUCGCACCUCUUAGACACAAUUUUAACCGGGAGUAAUAGCUCUUCCUCGGCUCAAUCGGGGAAUACAGAAGCUAAUGCUUUAACAUCUUUAUUCGAUAUCACAAUACAAGAGAGAGCUGACUACGAACAAGAGAGAAUACCUAUCAUAAUCACGAAAUGUAUUGCAGAGGUAGAACGGAGAGGAUUAGACAUGGAAGGUAUCUAUAGGAUUUCAGGAGGCAAUUCUGCAAUUGUGUCUAUUGAGACAGCGUUUGCAAGCCUACCGUCCAAGCCCACAAUUGAUGAUAAGCAAAUGCUCAGAUUGGAGGAGACUCUUAAUGGUGAUGUCAAUGCUAUCACUUCAGCUUUAAAGCGAUAUUUUAGGAAAUUACCAGAUCCAUUGAUUCCAUUCGCAUUAUAUGAUGACUACAUAAGAGCUGGUAGUACUCCACAGGUCGAUAAAAAAAUUGAAUUUCUUAAAAGUAGAGUUAUUGAUAAAUUACCUCCUGCAAACAAGCAUGCAUUGUACGUUCUUUGCAAGCACUUAGGCUUGAUAAAUCAAUAUUCUUACGCAAAUAGGAUGGGGUACAAGAAUCUUUCAGUUGUCUUUGCCCCUACUCUAUCAAGAGCAGAGGACGGGCAGCGUGAAAUAAAUGACACUGGUCCAAGGAAUGAUUCUACAGAGGUUUUAUUGCAAUAUUGGGAAAAGAUAUUUGAAGGUUAUAGUUAA